CUCUUGACCAUUGCCGUCGUCGACAUUGAGAGAUAGGAGACCGCCAUGGCACAGCCGACUCAGCUCGCCGAUGAGCUUCUCCGCCGCCAUCCGCUGCAGCGUAUGCAGGCUCCAGGUAGAGGAGCAUCCGCUAUCCUCCACGUGUUGGGCUUGAGCUCGUUUGCAUUCUCGUUCAAUCACCUCGUGGUAAAUCCCAAUCCUGUAAAUGACUCGUAUGGGUGGCAUAUGCAAUUUCUCACCAUCAUUGGUCUGUCACUGGCCACAGCAACUUUCGCGUGCGGCCUGCUUGCCGACGUAACUCUCUCGCGCCGCCUAUUCCAAGUGAAGAAUACUCUCAGCGUAGCCAGCGCACCAAUGGAGUGCUUGAUCAGCUUAUUGUACUGGGGACUUCGAGCAAUCGACCCCAAGCUUGUACUACCAGAUUGGGCUCCUCCACUCAGCUUCGGGGCAGACCUCUCCUUCCAUGCCGUGCCCGCAAUCGCCCUCGCUGUGGACCUCCUCUUCUUCUCGCCCCCUUGGACAAUAGCCUUUCUCCCAGCUCUAGGCCUUAGUGGUGCCAUCGCAUUUGGAUACUGGUUUUGGAUCGAGCGAUGCUACCAGUUCAAUAAUUUCUAUCCCUACCCUAUUUUUGAUCUGCUCAGCACGCCGCAACGUAUUGGUCUCUUCGCUGCUUCUGCGUUCCUCAUGACACUGUCGACUUCGGUCUUGAUCUGGCUCUACGCUGUCAUCAACGGCAGAGACGUGUCAGGUCUGUCCAGCAACAACGUCCAACGCUCACGAAGCGGCAACGUCAAAGGGAAGUGAAAAGUCCCCAACGUGGCGCACAGAAUCCAGUGUCGACCUCGCAUGAGGAUCAAACCUGAAUCGAAGCGGUCAACAUCUGCCGGCACCGUCAACACUGGCCAUGGUUUGGUGACUGGCGAGUCGUAUGACCAUCUUUGACUCAAAUCAGACUUGGAGCAACGAUCCCAGGCGAUCUUUAUCCGGCUUCGACAGCUGUAUGUAGGUCGAGAAGCGCUCCUACCACGGUGCGGCUUCAAUCUCAUCACACGUGGUGUAAUAGUGAAACGUCCCUCAGCGCCAAUAUCCCUCAC